AUGCAGUCAGCCAAGGGGAAGGCUGAUGUGCAGGGGCGCAAGGCAAAGCUUGCGAAUUCGUAUCAGCAGCUGUUGGACGAAUUCUCCAGUAGCGACCUGAAAUCCGUUGGAAAUUAUACCCUCGGCAGAUUAAUAGGAAAAGGAUCAUUUGGAAAAGUCUACCUCGCAACACACAAACUCACCAACGGGUCCAAGGUCGUUUUAAAGUCUGCUCAUAAAGACGAUGCAAACCUCGCGCGCGAAAUUCACCACCACAGGCAGUUUGUCCACCCGCACAUUGCACGACUAUACGAGGUCAUUGUAACAGAAAACUUGGUGUGGCUGGUUUUGGAAUAUUGUUCAGGUGACGAACUUUACAACUACCUUCUCGAACAUGGACCACUACCUGUUGGUAAGGUGCAAAAGAUAUUUAGCCAACUCGUCGGCGCUGUAUCGUACGUCCACUUCCAGUCAUGCGUUCAUCGCGACCUGAAACUCGAAAACAUCCUCCUCGAUAGACACGAAAACGUCAAACUCGUCGACUUUGGUUUCACGAGGGAGUACGAGGGUCGCACGAAUUACCUACAAACCUUUUGCGGCACAAUAUGCUAUGCGGCACCGGAAAUGCUCAAGGGAGAGAAAUAUGCUGGUGAAAAGGUAGAUGUAUGGAGUUUGGGGAUUAUAUUGUACGCGCUGCUAUGCGGAGAACUACCCUUCGAUGACGACGACGACAACGUUACGCGAACCAGAAUACUGUCUGAGGAACCAAAGUAUCCUGACCACCUGACUCCCGAUGCCCUUUCGCUACUCAAGCUGCUGCUUUCAAAACGACCGCUCCCGCGACCUUCGCUCCCCGAUAUCUUGGCCCACCCGUUCCUGGCAGAACAUGCUCCCGCACAACAAGCGAUUCUUGACGUCAGGGCACACUCACCAUUUGCUACAGCCCUGGAAAAGGAUUGCCUCCAACGUAUGCGAAGUGCUGGUGUAGACAUUGAUGCUGUAAUUGAGAGUGUCUUGGCGCAAAAAUGCAAUGCUCUAUCCGGUUGGUGGACAUUGCUCUUGGAGAAGGAGGAACGAAAGAUGAUGAGGAGAGAUCGCAAGCGACAAGAAAAGGAGCUUGAAAAAAGUUUACGACGGUUGUCUGCCGCUUCAAGCCGACUCGACCGCAUGACUCCUGUUUUGCAAGAUGUCGAUGAAGACGGUGGCCUGACGAGCCAGUUUAUAAGACUCGGCGAGCACGGCGGCCCCAGACGAGGACGAUCGGAGCGAAGGAGCGCACAUUACCACGGCGAUUUUACAGUGACGGACUUGCCACUGCUUCCAGAAUCUGGGAGAUCUCAAGAAGAUGUCCCCCCGACUCCCAUUGACAAAGACUCGAUUCGAUCUGUAUCAACCUCGCGGCACCGCCGACCCAUUCCACCACCAAAGGAAGGGGUGAUUCGAAGCGCCAGGUCUAGGGGAUCUACCUUGCAUUUGGUGACGACAUCUGAUACCUUGGGCGUGAGAAGCAACGGCGGUACCUCCCAAAAUAAUCAACAAAAUGGACAGCCUAAGCCGAAGAAGAAGCCCAGCCAAGCCAUUAUCGCCCACUGGAAGAACUUAUCACAUUGGUUUAUUGAGAACACGACGAAACGAAGGAAGGGCCACGAACGGAGGACGAGCCGGAGCACGCCGAAUUUGCAUCUGAAGCACGGGUCCAAUAACGGCAGCGGCAAAGAUGCGAGCCCAAGACCACAGACAAGCAAGUAUCCGACCUCGAGUUCCGUUAACAGCGGUCAUCCGACGGUACCCUUGCCAAAGGGCGUAGUAGCGAACGGAUUGGCCAAGGCACUACCGAGUAAUGGCCAAAUUGGCACACCCACCAGAACACCUUCUGGCUCAUCCGUAACCCCGUCUGCUCACAUUCAGCCUCUCCGACCAAGAGUAGCCACGGCUUCAUCAUAUAAGCGGCAGUCCUUGUCUCCCGCCCCGGUAACUCCCCGAUCAGCCAUGCGCCGGUCCUCUGCUGGAUUACGGGGGAGGAAAUCCACUUCGUCAUCAGUCUCUUCCAUACGAUCGCUACAUCACCACCGUCAUUCCCAUUCAAAAGCUUCAUCAACUAGCUCAGCCGGUUCAGUUUCCACGUCAAAAACGCCACUCGGUCGUGGACAGUCACCUCACCAUUCAGUCAAGGUGCUGCCAGCUACACCAACGGCCAAUUCGUUCCCAUCCAACAUUCGCCUUGUUCGAGGGUCCCCAGCGCCACCGCCGUUGCGACUGUACGAUGAGGGAAUGCCCAGUGGAAACAACCAGCAACAGCCUCCCGGCUCACCGAAUCCGUUCGCCUCUGGGGUAUUGUUCGCUAAGCGAAAGAGGAACAUCUUCAAAGGACCCUCACUAAACUUUGGCGGGCUUGGCCCUCACGGCAGCCGGAACACGGGCUCCGGGUCGCACUCACGGAGUGGAAGCGGCUCAGCACUUGGUCGACGAUCCGGGGAAAUCACCAUCCAAGAAGAGGAUGAAGAACCGGUGGUCGAAGAAGAAGACGAAGACGAAUUUGAAGAAGUAGAAUCUUUCCAGCCUAUUGUUGGCAGGCCCGGGGAAAUUAUAGAAGAACAGAUUCUCGAAGACGAGCAGCCGACGACGCCAGCUGUCGAAAGUCCAACGGCUACAACUGCACCGCCCGCGACAGCCGUGGAGGCGGCCAAAUGA